GGGAGAGAGGAGAGCGAGGGAGAGCUGGAGAGAGCGAGAGCAAAGAGCGAGAGCCAGGGAGAGGAGAGAGAGGGAGCGAAGAGAGACACACGCACGCAGAGACACUCGGUCACUGGAAUUCCACUAGAAAAAAGUGAGACGAGCAAGGGUUAGCGGGAGAAGAUUUUUUUUUUUUUUUUUAAUCUUUUCUUCGUCUGGGUGCGAAAGAAGCGACUCCGGGCUCUCGUCUUCGAAGCUCCCACUGGAUUGUUCCUUGGGGCUAACACCCGUCGGUGGAUUUCUCUCCUAUUUGCAUUUUAUUCUGACCCCCACCCUCGCUGCUUCCUUCCAGCCCUUCACUCUCAAAUCGCCUCUUCCCCACCUCCCCAGUCCGCUCCUGGGAAGCGCAGGGGCAUUGGACCCGCGGGGACUCGCGCCUUGCCGGACCGGCGGAGGGAGGACAGAGAGAGGACCAGGCUGUCGGCUUGUAAAGCAGAUAUACCCUCAUUUACGUGUAUAUUUGAUUUUAGUGGGCAAGGGGGGCGUUGAGAGGCGGCCCGCCGCCCUCCUUCCCCCCCCCACCCCCCUCCAGCCAGAGGCGAGAAUCGCAGGACUCAGGAUCUUCAUCCGGUGGACUAGCUGGGAUCUCCGCAUUGGAUUUGGGGCUGAUUAUCACUGCUUGGCUAUUAUUAUUGUUGUCGUUAUUAUUAUUUUUUUUACCCAAGGGAGAAAGACACAAGAAACUGUGGGAUUUAUUUAACAUGAUCUUGGCAAACGUCUUCUGCCUCCUCUUCUUUUUAGACGAGACCCUCCGCUCUUUGGCCAGCCCUUCCUCCCUGCAGGGCCCCGAGCUCCACGGCUGGCGCCCCCCAGUGGACUGUGUCCGGGCCAAUGAGCUGUGCGCGGCGGAAUCCAACUGCAGCUCCCGCUACCGCACGCUGCGGCAGUGCCUGGCGGGCCGGGACCGCAACACCAUGCUGGCCAACAAGGAGUGCCAGGCGGCCCUGGAGGUGCUGCAGGAGAGCCCGCUGUACGACUGCCGCUGCAAGCGCGGCAUGAAGAAGGAGCUGCAGUGCUUGCAGAUCUACUGGAGCAUCCACCUGGGGCUGACCGACGGUGAGGAGUUUUACGAAGCCUCACCCUAUGAGCCAGUGACCUCCCGCCUCUCAGACAUCUUCAGGCUUGCUUCAAUCUUCUCAGGGACAGGGGCAGACCCGGCGGUCAGCGCCAAGAGCAACCACUGCCUGGACGCCGCCAAGGCCUGCAACCUGAACGACAACUGCAAGAAGCUGCGCUCCUCCUACAUCUCCAUCUGCAACCGCGAGAUCUCGCCGGCCGAGCGCUGCAACCGCCGCAAGUGCCACAAGGCCCUGCGCCAGUUCUUCGACCGCGUGCCCAGCGAGUACACCUACCGCAUGCUCUUCUGCUCCUGCCAAGACCAGGCGUGCGCCGAGCGCCGCCGCCAGACCAUCCUGCCCAGCUGCUCCUACGAGGACAAGGAGAAGCCCAACUGCCUGGACCUGCGCGGCGUGUGCCGGACCGACCACUUGUGCCGGUCCCGGCUGGCAGACUUCCACGCCAAUUGUCGUGCCUCCUACCAGACGCUCACCAGCUGCCCUGCCGACAAUUACCAGGCGUGUCUGGGCUCCUACGCCGGCAUGAUUGGGUUUGAUAUGACACCCAACUACGUGGACUCCAGCCCCACUGGCAUCGUGGUGUCCCCCUGGUGCAGUUGUCGUGGGAGUGGGAACAUGGAGGAGGAGUGUGAGAAGUUCCUCAGGGACUUCACUGAGAACCCGUGCCUCCGGAAUGCCAUCCAGGCCUUUGGCAACGGCACAGAUGUGAAUCUGUCCCCUAAGAGCCCCUCAUUCCAGGCCACGCAGGCCCCUCGGGUGGAGAAAACACCUUCUUUGCCAGAUGACCUCAGUGAUAGCACCAGCCUGGGGACCAGCGUCAUCACCACCUGCACAUCUGUCCAGGAACAGGGGCUGAAGGCCAAUAACUCCAAAGAGUUAAGCAUGUGCUUCACAGAGCUCACGACCAAUAUCAUCCCAGGGAGUAACAAGGUGAUCAGACCUAACUCAGGCCCCUGCAGAGCCACGCCGUCGGCUGCCUUGACCACUGUCUCCUUCCUGAUGCUGAAGCUGGCCUUGUAGGCUCUGGGAACCAUGUCGGGAGAUUUCCGGAAACUACACAGAUGAGAACACCCGCCUGGCAAAUGGAAACACACACACACACCUUGCAAAAAAAUUUAUUUCCCCACCUUGUCUCUGAACCUGUCUCCUCCCAGGUUUCUUCUCUGGAGAAGUUUUUCUAAACCAAACAGACAAGCAGGCGGGCAGCCUGAGAGCUGGCCCAGAGGUCCCUCGGCAAGGGAAACCCAGCGCCGAGGAAGAGCGUGAGGGUCUAGAAAUGCCCUUCACUUUCUCCUGGGGUUUUCCUCUCCGGAUCCUGCUGAUGUAAGAGACCAAGAUGACACCCCUGCAGUCCAAGGGACUCGUGGCUGUGCUGAUGCGAACUGGGGGCAGGGUGGCUGCUCUUCUCAAGCUACCCACUCCAGGGACCUGCGGGGGGCUUGGCAGAGGGCAUCGGGCAGCAGGGCAGCAAGGCUGGCUGCUGGGGGUCCAGCUGGGUACCUCAGGACCCCCACCUGGCUUCGAGGAUGGAGUUUAUUUCAUUCUCUCUUGUCUGCGGGUUGAGUGGAUCUGCGUCUGACCUGGGAACCCCGAGCGAUGCCUGUGGAGGGGAUGGCUCCGGGCUCCCUGACUGUGGCCUGGAGGGGGUGCCGGGGCCAGCUCCAGGGGGCUUGGGAGCUCAGCCCUCCUGGGACUUCCCCGUGGGCAGAGGGAGCAAAGCUCGGGCACCAGCUCAAGGCUGCUGCUUCCUCCUUGGUGGCAGGAAUUUUGAAAUCAAGGAGAAACGAUCCUUUGUUGGCUCCUUUGGUUUCUUGUGGGUCCAUUCGGUAGAUCUCCCCCCCCCCCAGGGAAAGGGGUCCCUGAGAGGGGCAGAGAAGAGCAUGGUGGGAUGCCUGCCGGCACCGUGCCCUGGUGGCUGCAGCUCUCUCUCCUCUCGGCUCCCCGUUCCUCUUCUCCACGUUCUCUCCUCAUUCCCCAGACGAACGCCAACUGUAUGUACAGAACACGACUCUUUUCUCAACAUAUAUGUAUAUACACAUCCAUAUACAUAUAUCGUGUGGUUUCCCCUUUUUUUCCUUUUUUUAAGAAGCAAAACUAUGGAAUAAUACCCCAACAGAUGAGCGAAAAUGUAUUAUUGUAAAGUUUAUUUUUUUUAAUAAUGUUGUCUAUAAUGGGAAAAAACGGAGAUUGACUCCCUGUGUCUCUGCCUCCGUCGGGCUGACUGGGCUGUGGAGGGGGGUUCCUGAUUCUUAUUCAUACGUAGCCAAGGCUCCAAUAAACAUACUAGGAAGCAGUUUGCCUUCUGCUCACUCUGGGCAUGCCUUCUCCCCUAUUUUGUUCUUGGCUCAUUGCCCCCUCUUGGUCGCUUACCUGGGCUCUUGGCAGGCCUUGGGGAGAGUAUGUGUGUGCACACGUGCACACGUCUCCGUUCAUCAUGUGUCUUCUAUGUGAGUGAUAAGCUCCUUUAGGAGAUGGUUGUCCACUUGGUGGAUCUCUGCGUCCUGGCUGUGCUGAGCCUGCUGGGCCCUUAAAGCAGUGGUGGGGACGGAGGGCCAGAGACAGCUUAACCUUGACGCCUCGGGUCUGUUUGGGUUUUAAGGCUGCCAGGGUGGUCCUAGAAGUGGCCCUGGUGGUGUUACGUAGAGUGAGGUGGUUAUCUUCCCACUGGGACUCCUGGUUUAUUUAAGGUGUGUGAUUGUGAAGGCGGGGACCUGGCCUUCUGGGUCCCACUAGAGGACAAAGACGACUGUGGUCCAUCCCUUCUUCUCUUUUUCUCUAGUUACCACCCAGGCUCCACCUGGAUCCUGGGCCUGCCAUAUUCUCCUGGAGAGGUUCUUCGUGGAGAAGGCUGGGAGGAUGCCUGCUGGCUGAGUGUGCGUGUGCACACCCACGUGCAGGCUUGUGAGUGUUUGCAUGCACAUAUGAGUGUGUGCACACAGCAGGAGGGGGUAGGGAGACGGCCACAUGGGAGUGUUCCCACUGUCAGGGCUGCAUGUGAUUCUAUCCCGUUGCCACUGGGAGAUGAGAUGUUGUUUGGCAGUCUCCCGACUCUGGGUCCCUCCAAAUGGCUCUUGUUUCCAGUUGUAGAGACAUUGGCCACAUUGGCCCACGAUGGUGAUGCGUGUGGUGUACAGGUUCCAGCCUGAGUGUGGAGGGACAGUGGGCCAGCCAGCUCUCUUCCGCAGCCACCACCGGCCUUACUGUGGGUGGAGGUGGCUGUGGAGUUUACUUGGGAAUCCAUGUUCUUUGUGAGCAGCGAAGACUGGUUAACUUAAGGGCUUUGGGGGGAAAAGGCUCACAGAAUCAGUGAAAGGUUGGGGGGACCAGGGGAAGCUGGGGCAGGAACCAAAAGACAUCUGAAGGGACAGAAGGCACUAUCUGCAGGGUCAGCAGGCUGCUGCCUCUGGGAUGAACGACAGCCAACUGUCGUGCAACUGGCUGCACUGGGGCCUGCGCCUACCUCCUGCCAUACUUUGGUGGGAGAGGAGACUAUGUCGUGUCUGACGUUCCUGACGUGAUAUAAACCUUUGGCUUGCAUAAUGAAGGAGAGGAAAUUUCCCAAAAGGAAAUGGAGGUGCCAUUAGGAAAGAGGAAUGGAUGUGGGGCAACUUUCCUCUGCCUUAAAACCUCUCCCUAUCCAGGUAUCACGUAGCUGAAAUUUUACUAUUAAAUAUUCAUUCCUUUGGUUGAGAUGAUUCCUGUUCCCUGUGAUCCUCUCAAAAUAUGUAAAUAAAACUGGGAAGAAU